AUCAAGAGACAUAAUAAUAGAACUAAAGAGUCAAACGUUAAAGUGACUAAAGACAAGAAAAACAAAAACACUAGAGAGCUUCAAACUAAGACACGUAAACAGACAUGUGUGGUGUCAUCUUGUGAUGGUAAAAAGUGUUUUUUUGUCAGUCCUGUUGUAUGCUUAGGGUUUUCUUACAUACGUUGGAAAGAAUUUUGUAUUGGGUCCACAUUGCAAUUUUAGCUAAAAAUCUUCUUUACUGUUUACAGAAAUAAUGUCACUCACUAUCUUGGAUGGGCUGCAAGUGAGAAAACUUGCAUCAAAUUUUCAUUUUCAAAAGAACUACUGCUUUAAUGCAUCUCACAUGAUUCUAAAUAUAAUGACUUAGGAAUUGUGUCAGUGCCCAUUAUGGUUUUGCUGUUUUGCUAACUGAAUGAGGUAAUAUUACCGGUGUUGCUCAGGAGAUUUGACCCGUGGGACGGCACAUGUUGCAUCAAGCGACACGCAGCUUUCAAACAAGCCCAAGACACCACCAGAGAGUCAAUAAAGGAUCCCCAUCUGUUCCUCCACAAUACCAUCCCAUCAUCCCCCGGGGCAAUUAACCUCUGCACACAGCAUUCACAUUAUUACACCCAUACUGUAUAUACGGCUCACAUCUCUUCAUGUAAAACACUUGACUGGGACAUAUUUCAUGUUGAAGAGCAGAAGGGAUUCUGGGAACGUGGACAGCAAGGUUUGGGCCUAAUUUGACCACUUCUCCCUGAAGACCCGCUUCAAUAAAAGCUUUGGAAAAAAGACCAGAGGUGAGCGUACAAAGACAAAGGGGUUUGUAGAAAGUGUUUUAAAGGGAUGUGCCGAACAGCACCGUCACAACAGUUUGCAGGUUUCAGGCAGACAUGACACACCACGAGCAUCUGUGACGCUCACUUAACAGUCGGUCAGCACACAGGUGGUAAUGAAUCGCUGGCGGCAAUCCGUGGUGGAGAUCCAAUCCAGAAAGAGAGAGGUGAACGAAUGCGAGCAGGCGCAAGCGGCCUUGAGCAAGGUGACGGCAUGCUUCCAGCAAAUGGCCACCUCUCUGGGGACCAACGCAGAUGGCAGCUGCCUUAGAGAAGAACUGGAAGAAACCAGGACACUGGCUCAUCGAAUAUGCACAGGGCUUCACAGGAGGUUACUCGCUCUACUGAUAGAACUAGAACAAGGACAGGAGGACAAAGAACAGGUUGAGCGACUUUGGGUGAACUUCCUCUCCAGCUUGGAACAUUUCCAGCAAGACCUCAGAAAGGUCAGAAUCCUGCGAGAGUUUUUCCCCCUCACCCAACGCAAAGAUCGACAGGCCCUCGUGAACACAGGAUUCGCAGGCGGCACCUCAGAAGUAGCGGCGCGGGCGGCCAUGGUGCAGACCCCGUGGUUAUCCGCAGAGGAGACGCUGUGCCCGGUCCUCAAGAGUCAUGUGGAAGAGAUCGACGUUCUGCUGGAGGAAAUGCUCCAGAGAGUGAAUGUGCCACUGUGGUCAGUUGAACCCACACAAGAAGCUUGGGUUGAGGGCUGCUCCAACCAAGAUGAUGAUGAUGAGAGCCUGGAGGAGACGAUGGAAGUAGAAGUUGUGUCUCAAAAGAAUACAUCAGGCUGUUGUCAUCACCAAAACUGUAAAGUGGGAUGUCUGCUAUGUCUGCUGAGCUAGCAUGACGAGAGUCAAAGAACAACUAAACACUAUUUGUAGCAAUAACCUUUCAGUUCAGUCCUUAACCACAGAUUGUAAAGAAACCUCCAACUGAUCAAUAGC